AUGAACCCCCUCACCGAUCUACCCUACGAACUUAAACGGGAGCUCUUCAAUAUCCUCUCUGCGUCCAGUAGAUAUGACACGACCCUCUCCAUCAACACGCUCAAGUUGCUAGACACGGAUUACUACACGAUAUACAAUCAAUUGAUGUUUGAAAAGACGGUGCGGGAGUUUGGACUCCUCUACUUGGACCGGGUUUUAACCGCCCCCAAGAUUAUCCAAUCCUUGCGCAAGUAUGUCAAGUCGCUUGAUCCGAUCAGAAAAACGGGGCGGAUUUUGAUAGCCAGGAAGGAACGGUUGGCAGACCCGGGGUUAGAUGCCACCGCCCUUAGCGGACCCCAAUCCGUUGCUUCUAUUUGCAGACUCACCUAUAUUGGGGACUCGUGGGUAUACGUCUACUCGCACUUGAAGAGCAAGCGGUUUUUCUUCCAGAAGCAGGAUAUCCAGAUCGACGAUAAUAACCCGUUGGAGCGCAAUUAUCUCACGGUGGUUCAGUCCUACCUGUUUGAGAUCAGGAAACGGUUCCAGAUCUCGGUAAAGCCAAACGAGGUGUAUAACUUGAACCUAGCAGUGGCUGUAAAUGGAAACGCGGCCCCUCGUGGUCUCGGAACCAUGAAGUUUUCGCUUGCGCUCCAGUCGCCAGGUAGUCUGGGUGACCACUUGAGGUUUUACAAGAAGUAUGACUACCUAACGUCUCCGAUGAUCAAUGAUUUGUUGCCCAAGGACAACCAGUUUUGCUUGUUGCAAGUGGGGGUGUUCAAGGUAGACCCAGAAUGGUUUCGCUCGAGCGCCUCCUCCAUGCUCUUUGACGCUGAGUUCAUCAUAGAGGAGAUGGGGCACUUUGCAAAGAGCGGAUUUACGUUAUAUUACGCGGAGUUGGCGUUUCCAAGCUCUCUCUUCAGCCACCACGACGCGUUGUUUUACUUUCUAAACACCGGCGACGAUUCCAACUUUAUUAACGUGUUCCAGAAGGACCUUUGUGUGAUGCUAGAUGCAGCAGAGAAUGGGCUCGAGGUCGGGCGCUUGGAAGGGGAUGAAAUUGGCGAUCUCGAAGCUUACGGAAAGCGCUACUUCAGCAAUACAGUGAAAAAGAGGGGUUCCACAUCUCUAGAUCCGUUGCGUCGCGACUUUAGGUUUAAGUCUCCAUAUCGCAGCAAACAGUUCUGGGCACGGUUCACCACUGGGCCGCCGGACUUGGAGAACGGCUUAGUACCGUAUGACAUGGACGGGGUCGUAUGGCGCAUCCCAGUGAUGUGCAGCAGGCUCUGA